GGAACUUUGGUGUGCGAGUAUUGUGUGCCACGCUACGCUUGUUAUGGCGGGAUUUCGUCACUAUGAAAAGUUUCAAUGAAACUUUUAGAACUGUAGUGUUAUAACUGAAAAAUAAUUAUUACAAGCGGAUUUUGGCCAAAAACUGCAUGGCGUUCGAAAUAUACCGCUAAUAGUGAAAGUUCACCGGUCAACAUGUCGGUUAAUUCAAAGUGGCGGUUACCUGACGUUUUUUGUGUUGUGUUGAAUGAAUGUCGGAAUUACGCUUAAUAAUUCGCGUCGCGGGAAUGGGUGAAUAGUGGUACGAAGUGAUUCGGGACAUAGCGAAAUGCCGUUCGUGCAGCGUGUGGUGGAGCCGAAGUUUUUAUCUAGAACGAGCCUUCGCGAUGACGAUGGGAAACCGAGGGUGACAGAUGAGGAGUUGCAGGCAGUGACGAACUGCACCCUGAGCAAUGCCUUACGUCAACUCGCCUCUCUCGUGCUACUUGCCGAGGAUAUCUUCAUCGAGUUGACUACGCAGCUUCAGGGCAUCACAGAAAGGUCGAAAUUGGCGCAAACGAAAAUUGAGAAGAUCAGUGAAAUUGUCGAGCAAUAUGAUCCGAAGAAGGUGCCAGUCCCGGAGGGAAGCCUGUCCGACUUUGCCGUCCGCAAAGUCCACUACACGGCGACCAAUCCUCUCAAGAAGGGCCUCUUCACACCUGACACCAGACCAGCAAGUUUGCGCAACCUGUAUGAGAAGGCGACAACGGACCGGCUCUCUGCUUCUAUCCUUGACCAGCUCCGGAAGGACUCCCAGUACUCCCCUUACCUACUGUGCACCCCGGUCCUUGGCUCAAAGAGAAGGCGUGUUUACCACAAAGUCGACGUCGACAUCGAAACACACAUUCCGUCAGUGGUGGAACACCUCAGGAAAUGGACGUCGAAGGAGGCGGUGGGCGAGGUGACGGCGCUGCCGGACGCGUCCAUGCGGAUCGCGAGCUGCGUGACGCUGACGCCGGACGAGCUGUCGGAUGUCGGUUCCGGGGACGACGAGCCCAUCGAUCAUCGGCUGCCCAGCCCUGAGGAGCAGCUCAGAGUCAUCGCUUCGAAAUUUCCUCCGGAAGUGGUAGCGAUCGACACGUCAGGCAAGUUCUUCGACCGAAUGUGUUCUUCCCGCAAGUCGCUGCAGCUGGAGGCAGUGGAGACCGACACAGUCAAGCGGCGCACGCGCACAAGAAAACCUCGCGGUAAAAGACGAAACACCAUUUCGGGCACUGAUCAGAAAGAGCUUAGAGAGGCUAUAGCUGGUGAUACAUCAAACGCCGCGGCUGCCGAGGAAAAUGAGGAUAACACGGUCGUCAGGUCGCGAUCGAGCGAUCUGCUUAAGAAAAGUCCAAUCGAUCCCAUCGCGAAGAAGGGCCAUUUCAAUUCGCUGAAGCAAUGGGGCAAGAACAGAUUAAAAAUGAUCGGGAGAUCGCCGAGCGCCAGUCGAGAUAGUUUUAAAGACAGUUCGAAGAUCGAAAAGUCGAAAGAAUCAAAAUCGCCAAUCGGUCAAGAGGACAACAUGGCCCAGGAGACGGUCACGCUCAGGAAAAAGCGGCCGGGGGAAGAGGAUAGACGGACACAUCAAAGAUGCGCUUCAUAUUCGUCGUCCGAGAAGAGCAUAGGAGUUCCUAGUAGUUUGCCGACCACGGCGACAAUAAGCUGCGGGGUGAAGUUGCGCGUGUCCGCGGGGCAGAGGCGCGUGCGGCGCAUGGUGCGCGACGAGCCGCAGUCGUCCAGCGGCAACUGGUCCGCCAGCUCGGAGUCGGGGCGCGCCAGCUCGGGCUCGGAGCUCACGGCCAGCACGGCGCCGCCCAGCUCCGUCAUCAGCCGCCGCCGCUUCCUCAACACCUCCGGCUCGGGCAGCGUCACCAGCGAAGGCACGCUGACGCCGGACAUCAUCCACGACCUGCACGAAGAUUUGGAGACCAGUUCGGAAUUUUCCUGCGACACGGAAGGAUACUACACUUCUUUCCAUAUGGAUUCGGGCUUGAAAACUUUAAAGGAGGAGGAAGCGUGUCCGAGUACACCUUUACACACCAGCAACGCCCUUUCGAAUUCGUCCAAUAGCCAAACGCUGACGGCGGAGAAUGAAUACGAACUAUUCGGCAAAGGUUCCACGAGCACGACCACUAGUUCCGCGGGCACCGUCUGCACCACGCUGAUGGCGGCCGGCAGUGAUCGGUCUCUGGUGAUAGGGCCCACGGUUCCCGAAAGAAAAAGCUCACUAACUAAAAUGAUGAGAGUUAGAAGUAAUAAUAUUCAUAGUGCAAAUGCUAGCUUGGAUAGGAGUCUUAACUCUUCAUUUUCUAAAUCGCCUUUUAGUAGUUUGAAAUACAAUCCGAUUUCCCAUUCAUUUACCGAGAAACCGAUGUAUAAUAAUUCCUCGCCAGAAAUUAGUGAAAUGCCAAAAUCGAUCAUCACCAUCACGAGGAACGUUGGUAAUCAUAGAGAAAUUACUGCAGUUGCUGAAGUUCACACGGAAACUGAGUUAGAGAGUGCAAAGAAAAGCACAGGCACCAGUUCCCCAGAUUCGGGUCAUAAUACCUCAAGCUCGCCCAUUGAAGACUCUGUAUCGAGUGCUCAUGGAAAGAAUAGUUUAUCAGAACAAGAUUAUUCCGAAUCAUCAGAUUUAGAAGGCACUGAUAGAAUAGAAAGAAUAAGAUACAAAACUACAAUUAAUAGCUCUAGAAUACCUUCGCUUUGUGUAAUUACACCCACAAACUCGGACGACGAAAGCGAAACUAUUAAUAGAAAUUCUGAAUCUGGUAAAAAAUACGAUUUUGAUAAAUCUGUAGACACUGCGCUUAAGAAAUGUGCAAGUAGACCAAAAUUGGAAUUACCCAUUGAAGAAAGACCCAAAGAAGUCAAAACUUCAAUUGAAGCCACAAAAGCUCCGAAUAAACCUGCCACUCAAAUUAAUUUAAAAUCUUCGUUACACCCAUUCAAUAACUUGAUGUGUAAAUUAAAAGGAGUACUUCCACAUAAACUAUCAAAUAAAAAAUCACCAUCUACAAAAGAAGCAAAUUUAGCUGAAGAAUUAUAUGACGCUGGUGAUUACGUCACCAUAGCUGAUGUUAAAAACAACAACCAGAAAAUAAACUUAAAUAAUAGGAGUAUAUAUGGAAAUAAUGACAUAGUUAAGAAAAACUUACAGACUGUAUUGUCAGGAAAACUGGCUGAUACCGAGUAUGUGUCACUGAAUGAACUGCCUAAUUCUUUGAGCGGGAGCAAAGAUUAUCUGGAGCAUGUGUUGGAAGAGAAAUCAUCUCCAGCACUUGAAGAUAUUCAGAGGAAAGGCGCUAAAGUAACCUUAGAUUCUCAGGGUCAGGUUAUUUAUUCAUCAGAUACUUUAAAACGCCGUAAAGGGGCACAUACUACUUUCGAACCAGGGCCAUUUGUCCAAGAAAUCAAGCCAACUACAACGAUAAUUCAACGAGAAAAUGCCGAUGUUGUUAGGAUUACUGAUGAAACCGAUUUCCCCUAUGAACCACCGCCGCCAUCUAGUAAACCUACGUCGCCACAAUUAGGAAAACUUAUUAUAAAAGCACCUAUAGACCCGAAUGGGCCAAUCACUACAGAAUUUUUAUCAUUCCCACCACCAAAACCAAGUACAAUAAUAACUGCGUCGCCGCUUACGGAAACACCAGUCUCGACGAGACAGCCAGCUAAUGCAGCAACCAAACCUUCGCAAGAUCUCCCGCGAGUCGUUGAAGCUAUUACUAGAACUGGGGCGUAUGUUAAUAUACAUGAUGCAGAGGGUGUCAGCUUAUCCCCGACGAAAGACGAUUUAGCAGACUAUCGACAUUCCAGUGCUGACAAACCCUAUGUGAAUACUCAACAAAAUGUUACUAAAGAUAAGAUUCCGGCACUGGAUCUCAACGCGCUCAAUCCCACUUUACACCGAUACCAUACGGCCCAUCUCCGUGGGAGACAUGGAAUUGUUAAUUAUGAAAAUUCUACAAGACCACCAAAGGAGCAUACGAAGUUCUGGACACUUCCUAAACGAAGCACCGCAGAACCAAACACUCCUAAUUUAAAUACGUCUGAGAAAAGGUCAACACUCAACUACCCACCGAAAACAGACGUGAAGAUAUCAUCAUUAGAUCGACGGCAUCCCACAAAUGAGGAGUCCAUUCGAAUCUCACCCAUCGAUCCACGCACGCCGGGUCCGUUCAAAUCUUCGACGCCAUCAAACAAAGAAGCCGUUGUUGAUCUUAGCACCAAACUGCUCUCACCUGUAAAGUCCAAAAUGACGAAUGAAGAAUUGUAUGCGGUCAUACACAAAAGUAAAAAGAAACUAAAUAUAAAAGAAAGUGAACGAUGUGCAUCACCAGCCUUAUCUACUAUCAGUUUGUCCCCAGUCAGUUCAGAAUCGUCUUUAUAUACAAAAGCCUCGCAACGCCAUCCAGAAACAGGAUAUUUAGGAGAUCCGAGAAAUCGAAUGAGUUGGUCACCAGCUGAAAAACAAAAUAUUACUUUGCUUCCCAGCUCCAAUUAUGCACAAAAAGACAAUUUAUGUACCGACAGGUAUGGACCCGUCCCACAAACUUCUAGAUUAGAUUUCAAAAAACUGUUAUUACAGCACAGUGUAAAGUUGAAUACUUUAAAUCCCCAGACUAAAUCCAACAAACUAUCAGCUGUGGAACAACUUAAAAUAUCAAAAGAUAAAGCUAACAUACCAUUAACACCCACGACGCACAGAACUCAACUGAACAUACUGGAUCUAAGUGGGUCGCCUAAAACCUAUACUCAUAGAAAAGUAAUAAAGUCAAAUCCUCAACCGCCUUCACCUGGUAGAACAAGCGCUUUGAUUAAAGAACAUAAAAACACUCCAAAAAUAUUACUUUCACCAAAAUCGCAAUGGCGGUUCUCAAGUCCUAGAUCUGACGUGCUGUCUUCUCCAAUACCAGAGGCUAAUAAUGAAGAUGAUAAUUCAAAUAGUUCAGGUGAGAAACAUGAUAGCUCGCCCAUUAACCCAUCGCCGAAAACAGUGCCUAUAGUUACAAAUCAUCAUUUUGGGGCGAGAAGAAAUCUCAUACCUAUAAAUGAAGGUACUGUUGCGUCUGAAAAUAAUUUCCCGAUAUCCAGUGAUCAAGGUGUAUUUCCGCUUAAUUCUGAUCUCGGAAAACCGUAUAUGUUAUCACGAUCAGAAAUAAUGCAAGCGAAACGAGCAGAAUUCUUUAACACUUCUCCGGAAGCUUCUCCGCCUAAAUUGUCAUCUUUUAAAAUGCCGACGGCUGGCCCGUCGUCUGAAUCAAGAAGCAAGUCUUCUCCUGAAAGAGGCAACUCUUCACCUACCACAUUGGAAACUGCGUUAUGAUACUUUCACCAACAUUAAGUGGUGCUUUAAGUUCCGUAUAUUUUUUUACAAGAAAUGAAAUUUAAUGAAGCUUUAAUCUAGUCUUAUCUAGCUUAAAGUGCCAUUUCAAAGGCACUUCUGCUUCAACCCCAUUACCAGUGAUUUAUUACUACGAUAUUCCGCUCAAAUAUGUUCUAUGGGGGCCAAUUUUAUUUCGUCACGAGUAUGAGGAAUUGUACAACUUCAUGGUUAUAAAAUUAGUUCUUAAAUAUUUAUUGAGUACACAAAGUACUUUGUACGUAGUGUUUUGAACUUUUUCAAAGUUUUUAAGUUAUUCGGAAUACAAUUUUAAAUAAAUGUGUUGAAUAUAAAA